AUGACUAUCAGGAGAACACAAGUAUUAUGCUUGUUUAAUAUCUGUCGACGAAGCUUCGCUUGUGUUCUUAAUAGACUUGAUAAAGUCUCUAUUUUUGCUUCAUGGGAUGCAUGUGAACAUAAAUUUAAAAGCCAGUUAGAUCUUCGAAGUAUUCCGACAGUUUCAACCAUACUCAGUAAAACAGCAUCCCUGCAGAGUACAGCUGCACUACGAAAAUGGCAGGAAAAGAAAAAAAGUGAGCUUGGUGAAGAUGGAUUCCAGGAGUACAUGCGAGGACUUCAGCUUAUAGGAAAAAGUGUUCAUUCCAGCAUUGAAGCUCGACUUCUUAAGGGUGAAUUUCCUUCUAAUCUGCCAGAAGACAUCUCCAAGUAUUGCGAGAGUUUGAGCUACAUUUUGGAUGACUUAAGGUCUACUGCUGUAGAAACUAAUUGUCUUCAUCCCCAGCUUUUGUAUCGCGGAAGGUUCGAUAGCAUAGUUUUUCCGAAAAACAUAGAUGAACCCAUUUUAACUGAGUGGAAGACAGUGCAUGAAUGCAAACGAAUAACAACUAUUGAUCAGACUUACGACAGUCCACUGCAAGUUGCUGCAUAUAUUGGAGCUUACAAUUUUACACGUUACCCUUCAUCUCCACUGGUCAAAAAAGGUAUGCUGAUUUAUUCAUAUGGCGAUGGUUAUCCAGCAUCACGAAUUGUUUUGAAUGAGACUGACCUGUUACACUAUUGGGACUUGUGGUGCGAACGUGUAAAAGCUUAUCGGGAUCAGAGAGUGCGUUUGAAACUUACAGCUUCUGACGUGUAUAUAACAUGGAGGACUUGCGUUCAAGAAUUCUUGAUGACUAUCGUGCGAAUGCUUGUGACGUUAUCCAAUUUAAAUUAG